UAAAAUCAUGAUGGUACUGUAGUUUCGUGUGCAAUGCAUUGUGAACGGACAUUUUGUGGAAUAAACUGAAAGUGCAAAAUAAUAUAGGUUCGUUUGAUAGAAAGGCAGAAUGAUUCCUACAAAGGGUGAUAUUGUUUACAGAUUUCUGAUUUCUACAAUGAGAAACAGAAUUUAGAGGGAAAAUGGCAAGCAGCCAUCAUUUAUUACCCUUAGCAGAUUAUCUCUAUAAACUGUACAAAAGUCAAUCUCUAUGUGAUCUGUCUAUUAUUACAAAGAAUGGUACAACGGUUCUGGCUCACAAACUGGUAGUGGCAGCAUUUUCUGAUGCAAUUAGGGCAGAGGUGGAGAAAUGGAAAGAUCCUUCCAAGGUCUCCAUCGUUGUAGAUUGUGAAACUGCAGUUUUAAAGGAAAUUUUAGAUUUUGUGUAUAUCGGCAGCUGUCAUCUCCAUAAAGAGUUGUUUCCCCUGCUACAGCAUGCUAGUCAUAGUUUACAAAUACCAUCACUACAAAAAUAUUUAAAAGAGAAAGGGCCUAUCUCAAGAAGGUCAUUACGAAAAAGUCAGUCAGAGGCAAAACAGGAAAGGGAGGUAACUAAGGCUAUACCAAAUGGUGAAAAUUUGAGAUGUAGAAGAAAUAAAAAAAAAAAUAAAGCAUAUGACCAUGAAAAUUUUGAAUGGUCUGCUGAUGUAGGGGAACAUGAUGAUGAUUGGGUACCAGGUGAUGAUGAUUUGGUACCAGGUGAUGAUAUUCCAACUGUUGAUGAGGAUGAAGAUAAUGAUGGUGAUGCAUUAUGGGAAGAUGGAAUGGGAGUUAGUAAUGAGCCUUGGACCAGCAUGAGAAAGGGUAAAUUUAGGAAACCAGACAAAUCAAUCAAACAGGCUUAUGUGAGGUUAGAAAGAAUCGAUGCUUCUGUAAAAAACACAAUUCUUAACAACUCCUUAAGGAAUACAGUCCUAAACAAUACCUUUAGGAAUGCAGUCGUAAACAAUGGUUUAGGGCAUAAGGUAAAAAAAUCCUUGAUUCCAGUGAAAGAGAGAAGGAAUAGAUAUACAAGGGAAAAUUUAACAAACCUUGCAAAGAAGAAACAAACUAGAAAUAAAAAACGUCAUCCACUGAUGAUUCAUUCAAAACAUUCAAUUGAAAAAAUUAAACAUUCCAUGAACAAUCUGAAGAAGAAGAGUCCUGCAAAAUUGCUAGCUUGUAAACUUGAGAAACUAUAUGAAAAACACCAUAAAGAUAUACAGGUCAAAACAGAAGGAUAUUCUUGUAAAAUCUGUAACAUUUGGCAUAAAAAUAUCUCUCAUAUCAAAUUCCACAUUAAUGUGAAACACAGAAACAUACAACCUAGAAAAAGGAAAUCUACAAACAUGACAAAAAGGAAAUGUUCAUUUGAAGAAAGAAAGAAAAAAAUUGAGAGAAUUAAACAAAAAAUUCUGAAAUGUGAAUGCUUCAGAUGUGACAGAACUUACAAAUUGGUGCGUGGAUUAGCUACCCAUCUAGUGCAAAAGCACAAAAUUUCUUUUGAAAGAGCUCAGAAAUUGACCGGCUAUCCAAAAUAUUUUAAAUACCAGAAUUCAAUAGCCCAGACAUGUGAUGAAUGUAAGAUGGAAUUUAAUACUUUAAAUGACUUUAGAGCACAUUGUCGCAUAGUUCACAAGAAAAAACGUUUAGCACCUGAUAUUCCAUGUACAGUCAAAAAAUGUUCCCAAAAAUUUCUAAUAAUGGGAAAAUUGAAAGAACAUUUAGUUAAAUUUCACAAACAAAAGAAUGUCAGUGUAAACUGUAGGCAAGGCAGUGUCAGGGAAUCAUCAAGAGUUGACAAACAUGACAAACAUGACAUAACAACACGGCUACAGAAACAGAGAAGCCUCCUAAAAGAUUUAUCUGUGUCCAGUAAAGAAAAACGAGUCGAAAGGAAAAAAGAAGAAAGAUUUAUAAAAGAAAUUAAUAAACUAUCUGAAAUCACUGAAAGUCAAAGUUCAUCGUAUAAGAGGAAGAAAAUCAAGUACAAUGUUAUAUUGCCAUCAAAGAAAUACAGGUGUAAUAGAUGUCCCAAGUCGUCAGUCUGUAGAAAUAAGUUAAUACAUAAAAAUCAUAGAGAAAUAAGACACAAGAAAAUAUUUGUUUCAAAAUGUUUUGAAAGCCAACUAGUUCUGAAGAAACAUAUUUGUCAGAGUUUUUCAAAUGUAAAGUUUGUAAACAAAGCUUCAAAUAACUUGACACCUAAGUCGAAAGAAGAUGUCUCCCAAAAGACUAAUGCAACCCAUAUUGGUGUUGCAAGAAGGGAAUCAAAUGUUUUAGUACGGGAAGAAAUGCCUGCUGAAGUUGAAGGUUUUAGACAUUCCAUAACAAAUGAACACAAUUCUGUUGAAUUGUUAUCAUUCCAGACGCCAAAUAUUACCGGUCAAAUUGGCGGGCAUUUAUCACUGCUGCAAGAUUCAGCCUUAAGUGGACAAAAUGGGUUAUUUGAAACCAGCAAAAGUGACUUUCCUGGAUCCUUGCUGAAUCAGAGUAAUGGAAAACAGAAAAGGUGCAAAAGAAACCGGAUUACUUGUUUGAAAUGUGGAUUAUCUUUUCAAUACUACAGCAGUGCUUCCUUGCACUUUAAGAGAAAACACCAGAAACAUCACCUGGGACAGAGAACUAUCUUCUGUAGUCUUAAAAAACAUGUAAAUUUACGCAGUGUUUUAUUUUCCAGAAAAUCAUUCUUGAAAACAAGUACAUUCCAGUUACAAUUUGCUGAAGAAAGGGCAACAACUUGCGAAAUAUGUGAAAAAACAUUUUCUCAUGUUAGCAGUUUAGCCCGUCAUUUGCAAAAUACCCAUUGUCAUACUUUUGAACAGACACGAAAAACUACUGGUUACCCAUGCAAAGUUGUCAAGAAAAAAGAGGAUAUAACUUGUAUAGAUUGUAAGAAAACUUUUACCAAUCUUCGUAACCUAGCAACUCAUCUACAAAAUGUUCAUAAAUAUACAUUUGAACAGGCAAGGGAGGCAACUGGUUAUCCAUCUUUUACCAGAGUUUCAGAAACAUGCAAGAAGAAGAUAACAAAAUGUGAGAAAUGUUCUGAGAUAUUUCCAACAAUGAAAAAUUUCAAAGCUCAUGAACUUGUUGUACAUGGUAUACCCUGUAAAUUCUGUGGCGAGAAGUUUAUUCACCUAGUUUCGCUGAAGAAGCAUGGGGUACGAGAACAUCCAGAAAAUUUUGAUGACUUUGAAGAGAUGAAGGCUACAACUAAUGCCUGGAUUAUUGAUGAAGAGGAGAAUGAAAAUACAGCAGAUGAUAUUUACAAAUGUGACAAUUGUGAUUUUUCAACAAGAAAAUUAAAUCUUUUGACAGUACAUGUUAUGGAAUUGCAUCCACAAGUCCAGCAUCAUUGUCCUGUAUGUGGCUAUUCAUUCCGUAGUCAAUACUCUGUUGAUUUACAUAUGUCCAAACACCAUGGUGAAGCAGAGAAGAAGAAACCUGUCUGUAUAUUUUGUAGUAAGAAGUUUCUGAGAAAAAGAUUUUUGAGAAUACAUCAGUUCAAGGCUCAUGGGAUUCUUCACCCAGAUGUUAAGCAAUACAAAUGUGAUGUUGAUGGCUGCAAUAAAAUAGCUUAUACAGCAACAGAACUUCGACAACAUAAGAGAAACCAUACUGCAGAAAAGAGAUUUUCUUGUCAGCAAUGUGACUUCAUUUGUGCUCAUAGACAUCGUUUAUUAAGACAUGUUAGGAGUGUACAUUUGCAGUUAAAGCCAGCGUUAUGCGAGAGCUGUGGGAAGUCCUUCACAACAGAACAACACAUGAAGGAGCACAUCAGACGUUACCAUACCAACGAUUACUAUGAGUUACAAUGUGAUUAUUGUUCAUUCCAGUGCGGUGUUAAAAAUCAACUUCAGACACAUGUAUGGCACCAACAUAAUAUGAAGAUGGCAGGUGACUGUCGCCAAUAUUACCAGUGUGAUCGAUGUCCAUACCAAACUCCACUUAAAUGUAAAUUUAACAAUCAUAUGAAUGGUCACAAUAACAUCAGGAACUAUGUCUGUGAUCAAUGUGAUUCUAAGUUUGUUACCUCCAGUACGUUACGAACACAUAAACAAUGGAAACAUUCGUCAAAGGAGGAAGACAAAAUCUGUAGCCAUUGUGGUUAUAAAACUAAAACUAGCAACAAAUUGAACGAGCAUAUAAGAGUUCAGCAUCAGUUAAAAGGAGUUAAGCCUUACCAUUGUACAUACUGUGACUUUAAAUGUGCCACCGGUGGCAACUGCCGCAAACACAUCAUGGCUAAGCAUAAAGAUCUUCCUGUCCGUUAUACAUGCGACACAGAAUAUCUGGAAUUUGCCAGAAUGGCAAGGAAGGAAGGCAACACUAACCCAUUGAUUGUCCAUACUGCCAAUGUUACAGACAAUCAGAUUGCACAAAGUCCAGCAACGUUUACACAGAUAGUACCCAAUUUUGAACAGCUACCACCAGCUGAUCAUUUAAUGUUUGACCCUGUUCGAUUUGAAAAACUUUAAAUUUGUUGUUUGAUAAAUGAGAUUUAGAAGAAAUUUCAUUAUUUAAUAAGUAAACUUGUUAUUUUGGACUUAUGGAUGUAAUUUGUCUAAAGUAAUGAAUUAAAUGCUAACUUUUCAAGAA